AGGUUACUUUUUUUAUCCUCUUGUAGCGUCUUCUGGCUGUAAUGUCAACAACGGGGGCUGCCAGCAUCUUUGUAUCACCCGCUAUGGUGGACAUUACCAGUGCAAGUGUCGGGAGGGAUAUCGGCUGGCAGAUGAUGGGCAGCUCUGUGAAGAGGUGAAUCCAUGUCAGGAGAACAAUGGCGGCUGUCAACAUAAAUGUGUCGCUGAUAAUGGACGACCAGUUUGCCGAUGUUACACUGGCUACUCGCUUUCUCGUGAUGGGCGGUCGUGUGAAGAUAUUGAUGAGUGUGCAGUCAACAAUGCUGAGUGUCUACAAGCAUGUAUCAACACAGCGGGAUCGUAUGUGUGUGCUUGUACGCCUGGCCACCAGCUGGGAGUGGAUGGAAAGUCAUGCUAUC